AUGAUUUGUUUCAAUAUUAGUGACGAUAAAUAUAUGAGGACCCCAAAAUAUGAAAUUACAUGUCCACAUCAUUUAGUGAAAUUUCUUUUGAGCAGUCAAGAAAAACUCAUUUCUAGUCAACGAAAUAACACAACAACAGAAGGAUUAACUAGACAACAGAAAUUACUAACUUUUGAAUCAAUGGUACAUCAGAAUCUUAUUGAUGAACAACGUAAUCAAGUGAGAUGGCAAUCGAAAUUAGGUGCUAAUCCAUUAUCACCAGAAGAACGUCUAUCAAUACCAGCUUCACCAGCUAACUUCAAAUUGAGUAAAGAUCAUCAUAUAUUAUCUGAAUUUCGUCCAUAUCGUCCAGUGGAACCAUUCAAGAAAUCUUUCAUUACAGGAUCAGAAGUUCCUCUUGAACCAAAAUUUCAAUUAGUUGAAUUUACUAAGGCAAAAUGGUUACAUAAAUGUGAUAUGAUUGAAAAAUUUCGUUCAAUGGUAUCAAGUAUUAUUAUUAAUCGAAGAAUGAUUAAACGAUUAAAAAAAUUAAAACAAACAGUAAUUGAUGAUAAGGAAACAGUAUCAAAACAUGUAACAAACGAAAAAUAUCCAUACAAUAUUGGAAAUUCAAUUCAAUCCCUUGGGAAAUCGGAUUGUGGAACUAAAUUAUUUCAUCAUCAAGUUUGGUCAGAACGUGAUUUACUCUGUAAUCAGCAAUUGACAAAAUCAAAUCAUACACCACCAGUAUCAAACAGUAGUCUAAUUCAAUCUACACAUCUACUACCGAUAACAUGUACAUAUAAUUAUAGUCAGCUAAUGAAAACAUUUACAACACCGAAACAUUAUUGGCCAUUAUUUGAUAUGCCUUUUACACUAGAUCAAUAUGAAAUGAAAUACACAGAUAAAUUUGAUUUAAAUCUUGCUAUGGAUUAUGCUAAAUUAAUACCGAUGGAUAUAAAUUAUGCAGAAUUAUUACCUAUACAACAACAAAAACCACAUAAUCGAUUGUCAUCAACCUCACAGGUCAUUGGAUCUCCAAUAACUUGUAAUAAUGAAUCAAUAAGUGACUCGAAACUUAAAUCAACAAUAACCAGUGAUACUUCUAAUCAGUCAGCGAUACGUUUACCACAAUCUAUACAUUUGUUAUCAAGAUCGAACAUGAACAUUGAUAGGUGCUCAAAUAAUCAAUAUCUACCCUUAACAUUAUUGAAUCAAUCUACAUUGAAUGAUUAUUCCCAUGCACUAAUCAAUUCAGUCAAUCAGUUGUAUAAGCCAAAUGAUAAUAUUGUUUUUUCUAGUUUGUCUAAUUCAGACUACAUUGAUACAGUAUUAAUUAAUUUGAAGAAGUUUUAUCCGUUAGUACCGUUAAAAAAAUUAUCAUAUCCAAAAUGUCAUCAAACUUCAAAGGAUGAUAAUAUUUUACAAGUAAAUGAACUACCAAAAGAAGAUGAAUUAAAAUCCCUCAAAAAACUGAUUGAACAAGAUAUUCAAGAUUGGAUCAAACGUUUCCCAGAAUUGAAUUCGAUGUUUUCAAUGGAAAAUGAGUAUAAUGAUAAUGAGAGAAAUGAAGAAAUAUCAUCUACAUUAAAUGACAGGAAUCAAAACAAUCCACUAUUGAAUUUGAAUAACGCACCAAUCGAAGAGUCAAAGAAAUAUCAGAAUGAAAUUUUAUCAGUGUGUAGAUUCAAAUUCUAA